CCUGCAGAAAAGCAGAAACAGGGCCACACAAACAUGGAUCUCAUCAGCAAACCAAGAAGCAAGUCUAUCGUGUGGAUGUAUUUCGGCCUGAAAGCGGAUGAGAAGGGACAGCCACUGAACUCCGGCGAGGCAAUUUGUCGAUUGUGCCGAAAAAUUGUGCUCGCCAAAGGUGGAAACACUACGAAUUUAAGAAGUCACCUGAGACGUCGACACCGUGCUGAUUUUUUCGAGACUGCUUCCUCCACGACCUCCGGAGCUUUGUUUGAGACUCAAGGUUUGGAUUUAAACCAUGAGGAAUUUUUUGAGGAUGUUCCGUUUCUUCAGACUGCUGCAAACCAGAACUAUGUCCCAGAUGCUGUGCUGCCGCCUGGAGAGCCGUGGCUCCAUGGCAGCCCCACCCGAGCGGUGCUUUCUCUGCCUUCCUGUCUGUGCCUGUGUGGGGUUGCUGGGUCUGAACUAUCUUGUCCUGGAUCCUCUGGCGAGGACCAGAUGGGAGAGAUGAAGGUGUACGCCAAGUGUCACCUUCAGCAGGGCGUAAUGUUUGGACCCUAUGUAGGAGAAGUGUGCAGGGCACAAAUGCCUACCAACCUCAAAUAUGCCUGGGCUAUCAGGGAUGAUGCUGCUUUUGUGUAUGUCGAUGCUUCUGAUGAAAACAGAUCUAACUGGAUGAGAUAUGUAACAUACACCAGCAGGGAGGAGGAACACAACCUGGUCGUUUUCCAGUUUUACCGUCACAUCUACUACAGGGUCACCCAGCCCAUCACAGAGGGAGCGGAGCUCAGGGUCUGGAUCGGCAAGGACUAUGCCACCCUGCUGGGCCUUGGGAUGGGUGAGAAUGUGAAGUGUGAAGUUGGAGACAAGGAGACGGUUCUGAGGCUCCUGCAGGACAUCCAGUUGGUCACCCUCCCAGAACCCAGCAGCUCCUCCCUUUGGUCAGACCACAGCCAGUCACAGAGCCCCAUGCCUAUUAUCAACGACGUAACCACCAUGUCACACCCCGACGCCGUUAAUGAUUUGGGAGCCAUUUCUGCCUCUGCCCUUACCUCCUCCCCACUCAUCUCCUUCCCAUCACCUGGCUUGCAUCAGUUGGAAAAGUACGAUUUUAUGCCUGGAACUGAGAAACUGCUCAGUAACCCGAACGCCACGCACAAUAGCCCCUGGUACUUCUUUGGGUUCGAGCCGGACCCCACUGGGCGACCGCUGGACCGAAGCACAGCGGUUUGUAAGCUGUGUGGGGAGCGAGUGGGCUGCGGGGGAGGAGCUGCAGAUAUCCAAAACCAUCUGACCAGCAAGCACCACAUCAGACCACGUGACAUCAACAAGGAACGCAGUCUUCUGACCAUAGGUCAACAACGCUCACAGACAAUGAUGGUUAACAGCGGUCUGAUCAGUACGUUCCCACUGGUACUUUCUACUCAAGUGACAGAUGCCAUCACCAACUUUCUCAUCAUGGAUCUCCAGCCGCCAGCUCUGGUAGAAGGAGAGGGCUUUAAACAACUGAUCCACACCUUGCUACCCUCCUACAAGGAGCUGCCAUCACCUUGCCAACUGGAGAACCUCCUAAAAGAACAGCACACUAAAGGCAAGACUAGCCUGGCUCAGCUCCUGAGGAGGAAAACUGGGAGUUUAGAGAAUGAGGAGAUACCUGACUACACUGUUCCCAUCGAGUAUGAGCCCAGGAGACGUGGGAGACCUCCCAGUCAUCGGAGAGAGGUUCCUUACUUUGUCACUUUAAGUGUGGAUAUUUGGUUUCACAACUGGCAGGGCAAUACUGACAUGUACCUCACCCUCUGGGCACACUACAUAGACUCUAACUUUAGUUUUCAGAACCUUGCCCUGACAACACAAAGACCGACAGAGAGUGGAGUGAAAGAUUACAGCCUUCGAGCAGUGGAGACCCAAGUGAAAGUUAUGGCACAGGAGUGGGGUAUCGCCCAGCCCAAUCUGGUCUUGCUGGGAGGGGAGGGAAGGAACAAGAUGAGACUGGGACCAAUAAAAAGCGAGAAAGGCGGAGAAGCUUCAGGAAGCAUCCCUCACCCGAACUCAACAACCUUUCUUGAGAGGGAUGACUUGGUGUCACCUGAGGAACCACAUGGAUUAGAACAGAGCCAUUCAAGUGAAGGUUUACCAUCUGUCCCAUGCUUCUUCAGCGCUGUGCAAGGUUGCAUUGAGGAAGUGAUGUCACACCCUGUCAUCUCCAAGACCCUUACCCAAUUCCAGGGUGUUCUUUCAACACUCUUUCUGCCACCUGCGCUGAACAAAGGAUUAUAUGAGUAUCACAUCCAGAGCCUGUUGCAAGGCAUGACGAAACAGGAGUAUGCAGAGCUGAAGUCAUGGGCUCACAGUCGGCCCACCUGGAAUAAGCUGUAUCCCCUGCUGAGCAUGCUCAUCAAACAUAAAAGCCUUUUCUGUGAUAUGGUAAAAGAGGUAAAAGGUGAGGGCUUGUCCAAAGAAGACAGUGCUUCAGAGUCCAGUUCAUCUGGCAGCUGCCACGCCAACUCCACCUCCAACACAUUUUCUUCAAGCUUUGUGCCUUUGCGUUCUGAAUGGAAGAUUAUGGAGGAGCUGUGUUUGGUCCUCAAACCUCUGGAUGUGGCGUGUCGAACCCUCGCCAAGGAGGCCUUCCCCCGUCUGUCCCUUAUCAAACCCAUUCUCACCGGCCUGCUUUCCCGCCACCUUGUAUCCCGGCCAGGAGACACGUCAUCCACCUUGAAAGAGGUGAAGAGGACGAUGAGGAGGAGCUUGGCGAGCUGUUAUGACAACCCUGUUGUCAACAGGGCUUUGUGUGUGGCGUGUUCCCUCGAUCCCCAGUUCCACGGGCUGGGAUUCAUGGAGGAGAAGGAGCAGACAGCGACUUUUGAUUGGCUGAAGAAAGAGGCUGUCAGGAUAGUGAAGGAGGAUAGGAGGAGAGGUCAAUGUAAGAGCAAGAGGAGCCCCUCCCCUGGGUCACCAGAGUCAGAGAGUGACUUCUUGAGGAGAAGCAAACGGCUCAAAGAAUCCCGCCCGAUCAACUUCAGAGAGAUCGAAGAUGAAGAAUAUGAGAGCGACACAGGGGAGGCAGACGAGAGCGAGUCUGCAGACCCAGGCUCACAGGGCGGACUCUCUGGUAUGGAGUUCCUGCUUGGAGAUCUGUUUUGCUCCACCCCUCGUAGCAGGCAGAGCUCCGUGGAAGAGUCUGUGGAAAUGGAGAUGUCUGUCUUUAGAGCAGACAAGGGGGCUUCACUGGGAGUGGAACCCCUGCAGUGGUGGAGGACAAAGGCAGUGCAGUUCCCUUUGCUGUCCACUGUGGCACGAGCCUACCUGGCUGCCCCGGCCGUGGCAGGGAACUCUGCACAGGACUUUGUGCAGGAAGGUGCGGGAGCGACGUACAGAAAGAGAGCCAACAUUCCACCAGAAAGUUUAGACGCAAUCCUGUUUCUGCACCACAACCACAUGCCCACCAGUGAGGGUGGGCAAACAACUCUUAGGAAUGAAGACAAGAGCAGUGUGUUGGAGAAAGUCUCUUAAACUGACACAUAGCAUUCAUUCAUUAUUUGACAAACUCAAAAUGUAACCUUUUUAACUGCAUGCUGACCAUUUGCCUCAUUCAAAUUUAACCCUGAUUCAUACCUUAAUCAAAACUAACCCACUGAAAGCAUGAAGAAUGUUCCUACUUUGAACAUAUGAGGAUGUUCAUAUACAUACACACACACACACA